UGACCCGGAAGUAGAAGCAACACGAAGCCGCAGGAGCUCUCGAGCGCUGCUCGUGUUUACGUGCCCCACGCUGAAGAUCUUGUCUUUGCUACAUGCUAAUGAUUUAAGUGUUAAAGCGGUGUUGUGUAAGAUCCAUCAAACGUAAAGAUUUUAGAUCCAGGUUUGUGUGAAAGAGGCGAGUUUGAGAGCGCAGUUUGAUUCAGAAUGAGUCCCGAGCCCUGCUGAUUAGCCGGAGUGCUAACGAGAUUAGCCGAAGUUCAGCAGCUCUUCACUGGGAAAGCAGGUGAGAUGGAGAACUACAGGAAGGCGGGCGUGGUCGAGCAGCCGAGUCUCUGCCCGUUUCCUGACCUCCUCCACGAUGGCACUCCCGUGGUCCGGGUUCGAGACGGGAGCAAAAUCCGCAACCUGAUGAGGUUCUCUCAGAGCCGGAUGGAGGGCCGAGCGGAGAAAGUGCCGGACGCCGGUCGAGAGGAAGCAGAAGUGAGUGGAGAAUCCCAGCUGUGUCGUCAGAUCGUGUUCACGGGUGUCGGCCCGAGCGUCUCCAAGGCCAUCACGUGCGUGGAGAUCCUGAAGCGGCGGCUGGGCGGCCUGCACCAGGUCACGUGGCCGGUCUAUGGCUCGCUCCAGGAGACGUGGGAGCCGCUGGAGCCGAGCGCCGGCCUCGACAGCAUCACCGUGACCCGGAACAUCCCGGCCAUCUGGGUCUUGCUCUCCAGAGACCCGCUGGACUCCGACACGGCCGGAUACCAGGCGCCCGGGAGCUUCGAUGCGCUGUGGGCACAGGCUACCGCUAAAGAGGAGCGAGAGAAUCAGAGGAGGAAGAGCGGAGGAAGAGGAGGAGGAGGAAGCGGGAGAGGAAGAGGACCGCGCAGACAGACGACGCGUCCCAGAGACGAACGCAAAACAUCAGGACAAACAUCAGGAGCGCACUGAGGCCACCGCCACCAGGUUUUACCAGAAGAGGCGGAGCUUAAAUUAACCAGCCAAUCAGAAAGGAGAUUAUAUCAGGAUCUGGUUAGUGAGUUUGGCGAGCUGCGGAACGUCACGCCACAGAAAUAACGUCUCUGAAGCCUCGCACUAAGUCCAGUGAUGUCAUUCACGAGUGGUGAUGUCAUUAAGCCCCGCCCCUUCAUGCAGCAUCAGCAGCAUAUUGUAUCUAAAUCACUCUAGAGAGUGUUUAAGAAUGAUUAUUUCUGAAUGAAGUCUGUAUAAGUUCGUUAAAAAGAAGAGGAAAGGUUCGAUUUUUUUCCUUUUAGUCUGUAAAUAUGGAACAAAUGCUGA